AUGCGACUGUUGGAAGACAAGGGCUUCAUUAAGGGCUACGACACUUUCACUGAAGGAGAUAACGCUGGCAGGCUGCGAAGCUUGAAUGUCAUCCAUCCGGACUGCCUUGAGGUGUAUGCUGAAGCACUAGAGCUACUGGUUAUGGAUGUGACCUUCAAGACGAAUGUCUACAAUCGCAACGUGCUGAAUGUGGUGUCAGCUACGCCCAUGAAUAACACGAUGCCGUGGUUACGAGCCUACUUCGAGGAGCGCAAACUCCCUAUGCCGAAGGCAAUACUCAAUGACCGUGAAGAGGCGUUGCUCAACGCACUCGAUGAGGUGUUUCCAGAGACUCCAACGAUCCUAUAUGAAUGGCAUAUCAAUAAGGACAUCCAGGCUAAGCUUCACAAGCUCGGCGGCAACUUCGCACAGGUACCAAGGCAAGAUGUGGCGGGUAGGACUUAUUGGAUUGAGUCAGAGCUUAGCAAUCAAUUUAUGAGUGAUUGGCAAGUUGUAUUGAGGUCCACUGACGAGCAGUCAUUCGAGGAACAGCGUAAGGAGCUUCAUUAG